UGGAUCCCCCUGGGUCUUCUUUCCUCCCCUACAGCCCCUACAGGAGCCCUCGUUCUGUCCUGCUCUCCACCCCCACCCCCCAGUGGGUGUGGGGUAUCCUGGCUUCCCCAUCUGCCCAUCCUCUGCUCCCCCACACCCAUCUGUGAUUCACCCAUGCCCCUAGGAAAUGGGGGCCGGGGUGUCUGGGACCAGUACCAGCCUCUUGUCCCCACUCCAUGCCCACCCAGCAUCAGAACACAGAUCAGGGUCCCCUCCUGUCCCUCCUGCCCAGAAAUGCACUUGGCUUUUGAGUUGGUGAAGAUUGGUCUGGGAUCAGGAACUUUUAGGGACACGUGAGCUGGAGGCAACACCUGACAGCUUCUGACCACAUAGGCCACCCUCACAGCUGCCCUGUAAAAAUGGGGUUCAUCCCUUAUGGGGCUUACUGGGCAUGGGCAGGUAGGACCACGGGGCUGCCAGCCAGGUAGGCUGCCACUCUUGUCCCCGUGGUGGGCUGCCACCUCUCCUCCUUCUCUUCCUCGCUCCCCACCUCUCCCCCCAGGCCUCACAGGGUCCCUGAACCAGGGCCAAGCCCAGACUUACGGCACCAGCAUGAGCCCGGUGGCCCCACAGCACCCUGGCACUCUGGACCAGACCUACCUGGAUGAACGCAUCAGCAUCCCCAAGGGUGGUGGGCCCGGUUUCAGCUUUAGGAAGCUCUGGGCUUUCACUGGUCCCGGCUUCCUCAUGAGCAUCGCCUACCUGGACCCAGGCAACGUGGAGUCAGACCUGCAGUGCGGGGCUGUGGCGGGGUUCAAGCUGCUGUGGGUGCUGCUGUGGGCCACCAUCCUGGGGCUGCUGUGCCAGCGCUUGGCCAUCCGGCUAGGAGUGGUGACUGGGAAGGACCUGGGUGAGAUCUGCUACCUCUAUUACCCAAAGGUGCCCCGUGUACUGCUGUGGCUCAUGAUCGAGAUUGCCAUCAUCGGCUCUGACAUGCAGGAGGUGAUCGGGACAGCCAUCGCCUUCAGCCUGCUCUCGGCUGGCCGCAUCCCCCUCUGGGGUGGGGUCCUCAUCACCAUCGUGGACACCCUCUUCUUCCUCUUCCUCGACAAGUAUGGGCUCCGCAAACUGGAGGCUUUCUUUGGCCUCCUCAUCACCAUCAUGGCCCUGACUUUUGGCUACGAGUACGUGAUGGUGAGGCCAGGGCAGGUGGAGGUCCUGAAAGGCAUUUUCCUGCCGUACUGUCCGGGCUGCGGGAGAGAGGAGCUGCUCCAGGCUGUGGGCAUCGUUGGCGCCAUCAUUAUGCCCCAUAACAUCUUCCUCCACUCCUCCCUGGUCAAGACACGGGACAUCGACCGGUCCAAGAAGGAGGCAGUGCAAGAGGCCAACAUGUAUUUCCUGACUGAAUCCUGCCUGGCGCUCUUCAUCUCCUUUCUUAUCAACCUCUUCGUCAUGGCUGUUUUUGGUGAGGCUUUCUACCACCAGCGGAACGAGGAUGUGCACAACAAGUGCAUCAACAGCAGUGUCAGCCGCUACGCCAACAUCUUCCCCACCAACAACGAGACGGUCUCUGUGGAUAUCUACCAGGGGGGUGUCAUCCUGGGCUGCUAUUUUGGGGCAGUGGCACUGUACAUCUGGGCCAUCGGGAUCCUGGCAGCGGGACAGAGCUCCACCAUGACCGGGACCUAUGCGGGGCAGUUCGUCAUGGAGGGCUUCCUGCAGCUCCGCUGGUCCCGCUUCGCCCGGGUGCUCUUCACCCGCUCCUUCGCCAUCCUGCCCACUGUCUUUGUGGCCGCCUUCAGGGAUGUCAGCCACCUCACAGGCAUGAACGACCUGCUCAACGUCCUGCAGAGCAUCCUGCUGCCCUUUGCUGUCCUGCCCGUCCUCACCUUCACCAGCCUGCGCCCGCUCAUGCAGGACUUCACCAAUGGCCUCCCAGGGAAGGUGCUGAUGACUCUCAUCACUGGGCUGGUCUGUGCCAUCAAUGUCUACUUCGUGGUGGACUUUCUGCCCACGCUGCGGGGCCUGGGCUACUACAUCCCCCUGAGCCUGCUGUUGGUCGCCUACGUGGUCUUCAUCACCUACCUGAUCUGGACAUGCAGCAUCGCACACGGAGCCCGGUUCCUGGCCGGGGGCCAUCAUGACCGGUUCAGCUUCGGCGUCUCCCUCGACCCACGGCCGCUGGCUGGGACACAGUGACAGACCCCGUUCCUGCCUCCCUGCCCAGCACAGCCCCCCCGCACUGAUUUGAUGCCACACCAAGCCCCGGGCUGAUGUCCUGGCUGGAUAUGCUCCCAUCCACGAACUGGUUAAGAGCCGGGGAACCCUUUCCCCAAGUUUUUAAACUCCCCCUGCUCCCACCCCAAUCCAGGCGUGCUGGUCCAAGCUGGAUGCGGGAUGGGGACAGUGGGAAGUGGCCCAGCCCUUGGAACAGAAGCUUCAGUGAAUGAGCCGCCCCGGCUCAUUAGUGCCGGGAACCGCCGGCCGCCGGGACCGCUAAUUACAGCCCCGGACCGCUAACCAACCCUCACCGCCAGCCGACGGCAAGGCCAGCCCCAGGGAGCGGAGGCCUCCAGACCCACUGCCCGGCACCGGCCGCAGCCCCGGACCGGAGCCCCACAGGAGGGUCCUAAACUCGGGAGGGGCAGCUGAUA